UCCACAACAACACCCAACAUGGAUCCCAAAAAAACAGAAGUUCUUCCUUCCGCCAUUGCAACAAGAUGAUGCAUGGCGACGGGCAGCUGAAGGUAUUUUACGUAGGCGGUCCCAACAUGAGGAAGGACUUCCACAUCGAGGAAGGAGAGGAAUUGUUCUACAUGGUGAAAGGUGACAUGAAGCUCGUCACCUUACAGAACGGCUCCUUCAAGGACGUCGUCAUCAAGGAGGGAGAGGUGUUCCAGUUGCCCGGGAAGAUCCCACACUCACCACAGCGUUACACUGACACCGUCGGUCUGGUUAUUGAGCGAGAGAGAAUGAAGACUGAGCUGGACUGUCUCAGGUAUUAUGUGGAGGGGACGCAGGAGCCUCUGUUCGAGCGAUGGUUCUAUUGUGAAGACCUGGGAACCCAGCUCCAACCAGUUAUCCAGGAGUUCUUCAACUCCGAGCAACACAAGACAGGCAAACCCAUUCCUGGGACCAUCUCUGAUAACCCGCCGUGGCUGCAUGAUACCGUCAGGAAAGUAGAGGAGCCAUUCUCACUUGCCAAGUGGCUGAACAAACAUCGUGCUGAGAUACAGCAGGAGGGACAGAAACGGGUUUUUGAUCUGAGUUACCAGAGCGACGUGGUAGUGCUGGGGCGCGGGGCACACGACUACCGUCUAGCUCAGGCCGAGACCUGGCUCUGGCAGCUGGAAGGUGAGAGCGAGGUGACUGUAGGUGAGGACACUGUUGUACUGAAGCAGCAGGAAUCCCUGCUGGUGCGUGCUGGUGUCCCCUUCCGUCACACCGGCGACGACUCCAUCACCCUCUCAGUGGUCAUGGAUCCUGCUAACAAGGACCGAGGAUUCUCCCACCUCAAGAAGCAGCCCAAACCUCUCGAGAAGUAACUCCAAGUUCUCAAGGAGCAUCUACAGAUUUUCAAGAAGUAUCUCCAGGUUCCAAAGUAGUAUCUUUAGAUUUUCAAGACUUACUUCCUGUUACUCAAAAAAAAAACUGUGUUCUCCACUUUUUAUAUGAAACUAAGUUCGAUAUAUCAGCAUUGUACUGCUCCCAUUAAAUUUAAUAUUUACAUUGUAGAAACAAGGUUAAUAUCAGCAAUCCAAAUUGCUUUGCAAUUGUUACCUAUAAAGUACACAGAAAAAUGGAUAUUAAAGAAAACGGACGAUGGGUAGACUCACGUUAAAAAAAAUGCAUAUUGGACACUAACGCAUCACAAAGUGAGACAAAAUAUGCGUUCCUACGAUUUAACUACCGUGGCUGUGGAAAAUACUGUAUAUAUUUUCCAGAAAUUCAGUAUUUAUAUGAUUAUAGAUGGCCAUACUGUAUUUAAAAGAAUUACAUUAUGGAAAAUGGGAAACUGGACCUGCGUCUGCGCAGACAGGAGACUCGCCAUCUUGGUUUUUUAAUUUGUAUUAAAAACGUUGGUGAAUGGGGAAGAAUUUUUCGUGCUCUAGAGAUUAAAAUUGUGUUGACACCUCUCAAAUAGGAGGCGAAAUUGGUGGAUGUGCAUUCCUGCAUAACUUGAGAUAUCAGGCGACUGGACAAGACAGCUCCAGGAACCUCAGAUAAGUUCUCUAGAUUUGUGUAUAAUUCUGGCCAGCAUUAUUUUCAUAGAUUUAGUUAGAGUGAGGUUUUCUGAGUGUGAUACACAUUAAUCUCCAGUCAAAUUGGUGAGUGAUAUUAAGAUAUAUUUUCCUUCUGUUAUGUAAUUGUGUAUAUAUAUAACCAUUUAUUAUUUUUAAUAUACAGUCCACAAAAUUUAUAUAUUUGCCAGUAUUCCUGGUUAUACAUAUUUCAUUGGUAAUUAAUAGGUCCAGAGCAACUUGUGGAUAUGACAGUGGUAGGUAUCGAAGGGGGACAUUUUUGCGACCUAGGUGUCCCAAAUUCCUACUUGUCUAUGUAACAUUCAUAAAUAAUAAUUAUCUUUGUUAUUUACUGUUAUGUACAUAAUGAGUUACAUACAGAUAAAUGUAAUUUUCCACAGUGGCUAUAACUUUAUAAUAUACAAGAUAAUAGCCAACCCCGCUCUUAAGGAGACUUUGAUCUAACAUAAAGGUAAGCGGGUAAGGCAAAAGCCAAAGCAUCGAAUUUUAGUUUAAAGUAGCCAGUUAUCUUCGAAAUGUACGCGUAGAUUCUCAGUUUUAAGACAGUCCAGUGCAUUCGUGAGAUUGCAAGGUGUUGGGAGCAGUGAGAGAAAUCAUAUGUUAUGUUGUGAAUAUCACCAAGAUAUCCUAGAACAAGGACGGUUAAGAUGCUUGAAGAAGAAAAUAGUUCAACGGACGAGUGAGUGAUGAGUUUAUAUGCUAUGGAGGAUAAAGUGUUUUCUGUGAAAGUAGAAUAAUAUGAUUUUGUAAUUAAUCAGAAACAGGUUCCUUUUGAGACUGACAGUGGGGCGUCCACCUCGACUUUAUCUAAAGACUGGGUCAAAGCAUUAAAAGGACACAUUCAACCAUGUUCUAGGAAGGUAAUUGCAUAUGAUAAUUGGAAAAUAAACCUUUUGGGAAAGGUUGUUUUGCCGGUACGCUAUAAUAACUUAGAGGUAUCACAAGUGUUCUAUGUGGUUCAGUCAAAUAAUAGUGUAUUGUGUGGAAAGAACCUCAUGAAAAAGGUAGGGAUUUACCUUGCUGGUUUAGAUGAAUCUUCCAAAAUUUACAAACUAGUCACUGCUGAAGAAAUGCUUGGUAAUUUUAAAGUAGAUUCUAGUAAACUUAUCUCCAGCAUUGUGACCACAAUUCAUGUGAGAGUGAUGUUGUCCCUAAGUUUGUUAAAGCGAGUCCAAUACUAUUUUUUUUUCCACAAAGAAUUGACUGAAGCAGAAUUAGAAAAAUUAGUACAGAAAGGGAUUGUUGAGCCUAUUUCCCAUAGUAUGUACCUUUUGUACCUGUAUUAAAAAUUGAGUCUAAGUCUGUGAGGAUAUGUGGGAACUUUAAAUAUAUAAAUUAACAGAUUCAUUGUGAGAGAUAUCCUCUACCCAGGAUUGAAGAAUUAUUGUCUGUAGUGGGUAAUGGUAAGAUAUUUACAAAAUUAGAUUUAAAGAAUGCCUAUUUACAGGUACCUGUAGAUAAGAGGAGCCGACAGCUUUUAGUAAUUAAUACCCACGUGGGAAUUUUUAAAUGUAAGAAUAUAAGAGACUACCUUUUGGAAUUUCCUCACCUCUUGGUAUCUUCCAAAAAUUUAUUUCACAUUUGUUUGUUAGACUGGAAGGGGUAGCAUCCUAUAUGGAUGAUAUAAUAUGUAAUGCCACAGAAGCUGAGCAUGAUGCCAGACUCAGGCAGGUGUUGAAGAUUUUACAAGAGUAUAUUGUAGUACUGAAUAAGAGUAAUUCAGUGUUGAAUAUCUGGGGUGAGAUUUCAGGGGAAGGUAUUAAGCCUCCUAAGAAGAGUGAGGCUGUUGUAAAUUUACCAUCCCCUAAGUCCAUAGGAGAAGUUCAGUCCUUUGUGGGGAUGGUGACAUUUAAUUCUAAAUUAAUUAGGGCAUUUUUUCCAGAAUGGUCUGUAAUAUACCACUAGAUAAAAACUUUGUCAAUUCUUGAACAUUUCUGAGUGAUUUGUCUUUAAAUUCAUUAAUUUUAUCGCACUCCAGUACAUAAUGACGCAGGGUGUGACAGUAGCCCAUCUGGUAAAGUUUACAUUUCGUUUGGUCUGCAUCUGGUAGUGGUGAUUUAACCUGCCAAAGAUACUUGUAACCCAGCCGGAGCCGGGCAGUAGUGACAUCCAAGAGUCGGCUUAUUUUGUUGGAUGCACCAUAGACAUGUGGCUCCUCCUGCAUGAUAGAAUGAUGAUAGAUGGACUGACUUGUGUCAAUCUCCCUAAGUCUUAAGUCAAUAAAGUUCAGUUGAAGUUCUUUUCGUAUUAUUGUUCUCAAACUGCUAACUGACAACCCAAGAUUGUAAUCUACUCCCUCUUUGAGAGAGUAUAACUUAGCCAAUUUAUCAGUUCUAUCAUGCAUCUGAAGACCAAUGUGAGAUGGAAUCCACACACCAUGUGCACUCUGACUCCACUGUCCACAAUCUUACCAUACCUGUGUCUGGCUUCUGACACAAGCAUGCCACAAUUUAUACUUAAUGAAUAACAAAAAAAGGCACAAUGACUUGAGAGCAUUUAUGGAUGACAGAGAAUCAGUUACAACUGAAAUGUCAACCUUAGAUACAUGGACGCAUUUCAGUGUAAGGAGUAUGGCAAACAGUUCUGUUUGAAGGGUAGAGGCCCAAUUAUUGAUGCGUGCUCCAAUUUCUUUAUGAGAGCCAUCACUCUGUACGACAACAGCAGCACUACCAGCUGCACCAGUGGAUUGCUGUACGGAACCAUCAACGUAGAUAAUUUGUGAGAGAGUGUUCUGGUGCCCAACGUUUUGGGAGAGGUGAACCUUGGAUUGAAGGAAAGAUUGUGGAGGUAUUAAGAUUAGGAAUUAUAAACUGCAACUUAAAGGCUUUAGUAAUAUGAUAUGGAAAAGGGAUACUGAUCAACUCAUGCCAAGGUUUAGGAGUGAUGGAGAGCAAACACUGAUUCCAACAGUACCAAAAGCUGUAAGGAGUUGGUAAUUCCUGGCCAGUAUAGAAACAGGGCACCUUUAUGGCCAUAGGAACUACCCACAAUAGAUAAUAGUGGUAUUAAACUUUAGUAUCAGGUUAGUAUUGGAGGAAGACCCUCCUGGGAGGUUUGAUGAUGACAACAACAAUGUGAGAGGAGAGUUUGCACCUCAGGACAACGCCAUCCCUCCAUAUCUCAGGCGUUCCAGAAGAGUAGUCAAACCUCUGGAUAUGUGGGAUUUAUAAGUUAGUUUGAUAAACUAAUCUUGUAUUGGAAUAAUACAACCUGUUUUGAUGAUAUAUAAUUUAGAAGGGAAGGAUUGUGAGAUGGGAGCAAUGAGAGAAUUAAAUCCUGUUAUAUUGUGCAUGUCAAUCACCUUUUCUUUGAUGUUGUUCUUGAUUGGGAACUCAGAUAGUACAGUUGUUACUGUCA